AUGGACAAUCACAGUACUGGAGACCACCGAAGCCAAAUUGCCAGGGCCUUGAUUCUUGGUGGCAGCAUACAAGAGUCUGCAUCUGCUACAGCAACCGCAUUCCGUGCCUACAGUCACGAUGACGAAACCACAGACGAUUUCAAGCAGAGACUAAUCUACCUCCUCGAACAGAUGAUGUUCGUCAGCGGCGAAACAGCCGAACCCAGCCCCGAGACGACGUGGAUGAUCGAGGAGAUCGUGCGAGAGCAGGUGAUAGAAAUGCUGACCCGAGCGACCAUGCUCGCCAACCGGCGUGGCUCCCGGUCCAUCUCCAUAGGCGACCUGAUCUUCCAGAUCCGGCACGACCGGGCCAAAGUGUCGCGGCUCAAGACGUUCCUCUCGUGGAAGGACGUGCGCAAGAACGUCAAGGACUCGGACGACAAAGGCGGCGGAGAUGCCGGCGACGUCGGCGACUUCGAAGAGGUAAGACAAGAAGUGCCCCUGCCUGGUCAGUGUCCAUCGCUAACUCGACAAAAGGCCUCCGGCGGCGUCAACCCGGCAGCUCCACCAAAAACCAGCGCCGCGAAGAAAGCCAAGCUCGUGCUCCCGUGGGAGAUCCACUCGUUCUACGCCGAGCAGGUCCCCGAGCGGGACGACGAAGAGGACGAAGAAGAAGAGGAACAGAAUGAAGCCACGCUAGCCCGCCUGGCCUCCGCGGACGAACGCACCAAGAACAUGACGAGGGAGGAGUACGUCUACUGGAGCGACUGCCGGCAAGCGAGCUUCACGUUCCGCAAGAGCAAGCGGUUCCGCGAGUGGGCCGGCUUCGCGACCAUCCUGGACAGCAAACCCAACGACGACGUCGUCGACAUUUUGGGGUUUCUGACGUUUGAGAUAGUCCAGACGCUCACGGAGGAGGCCCUCAAGGUGAAAGCCGCAGAGGAUGCGGCCAACCGCAAACUCAACGGUGGCAGGCCCGGCGAGGAGGCGAGCAAGAAACGCAAGCGCGAAGGGUGCAGUCUGUUUGAGAUGCCCGAGGAGGGGCGCACGCCCGUCGAGCCCAAACAUGUGAGAGAGGCGUUUCGGCGGCUGCAGGUCGUGCCGACAAGGUAUAAGUUCAUGAGGCAGGGGUUUGCGGGUAUGAGGACGCCGUUGAGGUUGAUCUAG